AACGAAGUGAUAGAGCUUGCAGAGUUGUGUUCAACUGACAAGUAUGAAGGGAAGCUGCGUAUGCAGAGCGAUCUCGAUGCUUUAUCUGGAAAACUGGAUUUGAAUCUAAGAGACUGUAUGGUUUUGAUCAAGACCGGCGUCCUCGGUGAAGCCACACUACCUCUAUAUAUCUCAAGUUCUCUGGAAACACCCAAAAUUUCCAGUUUAAAAGAACUUCUAGCGAGGCUUCAGAUCGGUCACUUGGAAUCAAAACACAAUGCUCUCGAGAACCUCCUCCGUGCAAUGCAAGAAGAUGAAAAGAUGGUUAUGCCUUUGAUCGGACGAGCCAACGUAGCAGCUUUAGUCCAACUGUUAACAGCAACUUCGACAAGAAUCAGAGAGAAAGCUGUGAAUCUCAUCAGCGUAUUAGCGGAAUCAGGACACUGCGACGAGUGGCUUAUCUCCGAAGGUGUAUUGCCUCCUCUAGUGAGGCUAAUCGAAUCAGGAAGUCUUGAAACCAAAGAAAAAGCUGCAAUUGCGAUCCAGAGGCUGUCCAUGGCAGAGGAAAACGCGAGGGAAAUCGCAGGACACGGGGGAAUCACACCGCUGAUCGAUCUCUGUAAAACAGGGGAUUCAGUGUCACAAGCUGCGUCCGCAGCUGCUUUGAAGAACAUCUCAGCAGUUUCAGAGCUCAGACAGUUACUUGGAGAAGAAGGAAUGGUUAGAGUCGCGAUCGAUCUCCUAGACCACGGGAUACUGUUAGGAUCAAGAGAACACAUGGCGGAGUGUUUGCAGAAUCUCACUGCAGCGAGCGAAGCUCUGCGUGAAGCCAUUGUUUCAGAAGGCGGAGUUCCGAGUCUCUUGGCAUACCUAGACGGUCCGCUGCCGCAAGAACCGGCGGUGACGGCGCUGAGAAAUCUAAUCCCGUCGGUGAAUUCAGAGAUGUGGGUGGCUCUGAAUCUGCUGCCACGACUGACACACGUACUCAAGUCGGGAUCUUUAGGAGCGCAAGAAGCAGCAGCAUCGGCUCUGUGCCGUUUCGCGUGCUCGCCGGAGACGAAAAGGUUAGUGGGAGAAUCGGGGUGCGUGGCGGUGAUAGUGAAGCUUCUGGAAUCGAAAUCAAACGGAUGUAGAGAAGCGGCGGCUCAGGCGAUAGCGGGAUUGGUGACGGAAGGAAGGAUUCGGAGGGAACUGAAGAAAGACGGGAAGAGCGUGACGAACCUAGUGAUGCUGUUGGAUGCAAACCCAGGAAACACGGCGAAGAAGUACGCAGUGGCGGGGCUGUUGGGGUUGUCGGGAAGCGAGAAGAGUAAGAGAAUGAUGGUGUCGUACGGAGCAAUAGGGUAUCUGAAAAAGCUGUCGGAGAUGGAAGUAAUCGGCGCCGAUAAGCUUCUCGAGAAGCUCGAAAGAGGAAAGCUCAGAAGCUUCUUCUUUCACCACAGUUAGUAAAAAAAGUAAAAAAACAACCGACCGCUUAUGGUGUUUUGAUGUAAGUUUAUAUAUAUAACCAACCACCCGUUAGUAUUUUGGGCCGCUGUUUCUCAGUAGCUGUUAAUAUGGGCUUUAUAUUAUAUAAAGGCCCAUAACUUACAAGUCAACCUAGUUUAAUUGCUA